UUUGCUUUAAAAUAGAAAUUGAUUUUCAAUUUUGUUUAUUUAUUAAGCGUCUCUCGCUCUCUCUCUCUUCUCUCUGUGAAAGAACAAAAGAAAGGUUUAUAAGCUAGGGUUAGGGUUUUAGACUGCUACACAGAAUAAUGGAGGAAAUUAACGAAGGUUUGAGCAACAUUAACAUCUCUAGCGACCAUAAGAAGAACCGGAUUCAGGUUUCUAACACCAAGAAGCCCCUCUUUUUCUAUGUUAAUCUCGCCAAGAGAUACAUGCAGCAACACGGCGAUGUUGAGCUUUCUGCUCUUGGAAUGGCAAUUGCAACUGUUGUGACCAUUGCGGAGAUUCUAAAAAACAAUGGCCUUGCUGUUGAGAAGAAGAUCACGACUUCAACUGUUGAUAUGAAGGAUGAAUCAAGAGGAAGACCCAUCCAAAAAGCAAAAAUUGAGAUAUUGCUGGGGAAGACUGAGAACUUUGAUGAGUUGAUGGCAGCCGCAGCAGAGGAAAGAGAAGCUGCAGAUGCGGAGGAGCAAGGUUAACCUGAUGUGUGAAGUUGUCUAUUUAGUAUCUAUUUUGUCUGCGUUAAACUGUGUUCUCGGCUUGAAAUUUUGGAGGCUGGCCCAUGACAAAGUAGAACCUGAAAAUUUAAUUUGUUUAUCUUCUAACCUGAGUUUUGUUUAUAUGGGUUAAGCAUCAAAAAUUUUAAAUAACUAUGGUUAAUCAAAUCAACCCUGUUAUCUCUUCUGCUCUUUUAUUUCAAGUCUUAGACCAAUGUCCCAUGAAUUUAGUUACCUUCCUGCACUUUUUUAUUUCAGGUUCAAUUAAGAACUAUAUAUUGUAAGUACAUGUUGAGCACUGCUGAGUUACAGCAGUUAUAGAAAGACUAAUUUUGCCUGCCAAAA